AUGCCAGUUUACUCAAUUUCUCAUGUUGAGAAUGUUCGAGUUUGCGUUGUUAUGGUAGGAUUACCAGCAAGAGGGAAAUCAUUAAUUGCUCAAAAAAUUGUAAGAUAUUUAUCAUGGUUAUCUAUUAAAUCAAAAUGUUUUAAUGUAGGAAAUUAUCGUCGAGAAAUUGCUGGUGUUGAAGAUAUUAAUGCAGAAUUUUUUGAUCCAAAUAAUAAAGAAGGAUUAAAAUUUAGACGAGAAGCAAUUAAUUUAGCAAUACAAGAUAUGAUGAAUUGGUUUCUGAAUGAAAAUGGUGUAGUAGGAAUUCUUGAUGCAACAAAUUCAACUCGUGAAAGAAGGGAUAGAAUUUUAAAAUUAUGUCGAGAAAAUUUAAUUGAACCAAUGUUUUUAGAAAGUUAUUGUGAUGAUCAAGAUUUAAUAUUACAAAAUAUUUUAGAUGUUAAAACAACAUCUCCAGAUUAUGUUGAUAAAGAUAUUGAUUUUGCAACCAGUGACUUUUUAAAAAGAAUUAAUUAUUAUGAACAAACUUAUGAAACUAUGGAUCAAAAGACUGAUUCAGAAUUAACAUUUAUAAAACUUGUAAAUGUUAAUACUCAAAUAAUAUUGAAUAGAAUUGAAAGUUAUUUGGAAAGUAGAAUUGUAUAUUAUGUUAUGAAUUUACAUAUUAAACCAAGAUGUAUUUGGUUAUCAAGACAUGGAGAAUCAGCUUAUAAUUUGACAGGUCAAAUUGGUGGAGAUUCAGAUUUAUCAGAUCGAGGUAUGAGAUAUGCAAAAAAAUUACCUGAAUUAGUAUUAAAAUCUUUAGGUGAAGAAAAUAAACAUACAAAUUUAACUAUAUGGACUUCAACAUUAAAGAGAACUCAACAAACAGCUUCAUUUUUACCUUAUAAAAAGAAAUUACAAUGGAAAGCUUUAGAUGAAUUAGAUGCAGGUGAAUGUGAUGGAAUGACUUAUGAAGAAAUUGAAAAGGAAUUUCCUGAAGAUUUUAAAGCAAGAGAUGAUGAUAAAUAUGAAUAUAGGUAUAAAGGUGGAGAAUCUUAUCGUGAUAUUGUAAUUAGAUUAGAACCAAUUAUUAUGGAAUUAGAACGUCAAGAAAAUAUCUUGAUUAUAACUCAUCAAGCUGUACUAAGAUGUCUUUAUGCAUAUUUUAUGAAUGUCCCACAAGAAGAAAGUCCUUGGAUGUCAAUUCCUUUACAUACAUUAAUUAAAUUAGAACCAAGAGCAUAUCUGACAAUAGUAAGUAGAAUUAAAGCAGAUAUUCCUGCUGUUAGUACUUAUAAAGAAAAGGGUACAUCUCAAUUAGGAGAAUCAAUUACAGGUAAAAAUAUAUCGAAGAGUAGAGAUCUUAUUAAAGAUAGUGAUGUUGUUUAA